UCGACGGUGGCAGCAGAAGCUUCAGCUCUCGAGCAACUUCGCUCCUGGGUCCCAGCUGGAAAUCUCUUGCUGGUCCGGGCGCGACGCUGCAGUGACCCCUUGGAAGGCUGGUACCCAGAGCAAGAGCUACCCACUGAGCUGCUCCGCUGGCAAGUGGUGGGGUCCACACGGUGAGCCCGGCUUCUCUGGCUUUGCAUGCGGGCCAUGUGUGCAG